UAACUUAGAGAAACAUGCCCGGCGCACCAUUCUGGCUUCGAUGCUCCUUGGCCGCGCUCUUCCUCGUCGGGUGUCUGGUUCUACUCGCAAGUCUGUGGUCCAACGGGGUGCCUGGUACCGGCUGCAGGUGCUCUCACGACGAGAGCCCGACCAUGCUACCUCAGGUAACACAGGAAAGGGUACCUCUGACGAUGGUGGUGGUGACGUGUGCGGACGGCUUGGAAAUCACCAUGGCCAAUCUCAAGUCAGCCGUCGCAUUUUCGAGGGUUCCACUCAGAUUUAUUCUGUACGCCGAUGUUGAGAACAUCAAGCGCCUUCAAGACAGGAUCAUGCAGUGGCCAGCGAGUGCCUUGAACCGGAUCACCUACGAUCUGCGCUUGGUCAUGUUCCCCAAGAAGGACUUCGAAACGUGGAAGAAACUGUUCGUGCCCUGCUCUACGCAGAGACUCUUCCUUCCGGAGAUGCUACCAAACGAGGAUGCGGUCUUGUACGUGGACGCUGACACCCUCUUUUUGAGCCCUGUCGAGGAACUCUGGAGCGUCUUCGAGAAGAUGAACGACAGUCAUCUAACCGCCCUAACUUACGAGACUGAGGACGUGCGUACCAACUGGUACCAACAGCAUGGCAAGCACCCUUACCCUGCACCUUUCGGAGUGAACGCCGGCGUGAUGCCCAUGAACCUCACGCGCAUGCGGAGCUUCGACUGGGUGUCGCGCAUGGCGCCUUUGAUGGAGGAGUACGCUGGCCGGAUCCCCUGGGCCGACCAGGACUUGCUGAACAUCCUCUUCAGCGCCCACCCGGACAAGAUGCUCCUGUUGACGUGCAGGUGGGGCUACCGCCAGGACAACUGCAGGUUCCACGGGUCGUGCUCGGGAGAAACGCCCGCCAUGUUGCACGCGAACCGAAAGUGCUUCAUCGCCCCGGAGAGGGCACCCGCCUUCUCUGCCAUCCACCGGGUCAUGCGGAAGUACGAGCUGGGCACGAGCCUGGAGAGAAAUUUUAUUGAUCCAUUGGAACGCGAGCUGCGCGGGGCCUGGCGUCACGAGUGCGUCGACGCGUUCCUGCUCCACUCCAAGCAGUGGCGGAUCCUCGCUCGGCAGCUGGACAACGAACGAGGCUUCAAUGACGACGUUACCAAUGCAACAUCAUCUUCGACAACAUAUAGGAAAUAAUA